CGCGCGCUCGCCGGACUCUCCCGGGACACGCGUGCCAUCCGGCCUGGCACCGGAGGGCACCUCGGCGCGCUCCGCGCUUGCUCGCCGGCGACCCCGGCCCCAGGGCCGCGCGUCCGGCGGAGGACGCGCCGGGGUCCCCGGAGACGAUGGAGGAGCCGCAGCGCGCCCGCUCGCACACCGUCACCACUACCGCCAGCUCCUUCGCCGAAAACUUCUCCACCACCAGCAGCAGCUUCGCCUACGACCGCGAAUUCCUCCGCACGGUGCCCGGGCUCCUCAUCGUGGCGGAGAUCGUCCUGGGUCUACUGGUAUGGACAAUGAUUGCUGGAACGGAGUACUUCCGGGUCCCUGCGUUUGGCUGGGUCAUGUUUGUGGCUGUCUUUUACUGGGUCCUCACUGUCUUCUUCCUCAUCAUCUACAUCACCAUGACCUACACCCGGAUUCCCCAAGUGCCCUGGACAAUGGUGGGCCUGUGCUUUAAUGGCAGUGCCUUUGUCCUGUACCUCUCAGCUGCUGUGGUGGACGCAUCUUCUGUCUCCCCAGAGAAGGACAGUCACAACUUCAACAGCUGGGCAGCCUCCUCUUUCUUUGCCUUCCUGGUUACCAUCUGCUACGCCGGAAACACCUAUUUCAGUUUUAUAGCAUGGAGAUCCAGAACUGUUCAGUGAUUUACCAUUUUGAUAAUUAAAAGGGGGGGGAAAGCCCAGAAGAAUUUCACUGUAAAAACAGCUGUAGGUAUAAUGUAUAUUUCCACAAAAUUGUAUUUAACUAAUGUUUUUAUAUACUUAGUUAAAUCUGCUGGCAGUGGUUUGUUACAAUUAAACUGGAUACUUAUUUGCAAAGUGCUGUAGCUUAUAAUGAACUCUUAAGUAUUUUGUUGGUGUCUUCAUAAAUAAUACAAAAAUAAAAUUGCUAAUA